AUGCCCCUGACCAAGAUUGCCCAACAGAACUUGCGAACUCCCGGACCGACACCGAUUCCGGACGACAUCAUGGAAGAGAUGUCGUUGCCGAUGAUCAAUCACCGGGGACCUGAGUUCAAGGAGUUGAUUGAGGCUACGACCGACGGUUUGAAGCAGGUUUUCAUGACUACGAAUGACCUGUAUAUCCUGACCGCCAGCGGCACCGGGGCCCUUGAAUCCUCGGUGGUUAAUACGCUGUCACCAGGCGACCGCGUCAUUGCCUGCACGGCGGGGUCGUUCGGCGACCGGUACGUCCAGAUUGCCCAGACCUACGGCGCGGACGUGUUGCGGAUGGAUUUUGAAUGGGGCGAUGCCAUUGACCCGGAGGCGAUUCGCGCCGAGUUGCGGAAGGAUCCAUCCAUCAAGGCUGUGCUGGUAACGCAUAACGAAACGUCAACGGGCGUUACGCAUGACCUGGAAGCCAUAUCGCGAAUCGUAAAAUCCGAGUUCGACAAGCUGCUGCUGGUCGACGCGGUGAGCAGCCUGGGCUGUUUGCCCCUGCCAGUGGACGGGUGGAAUUGCGACGUGGUGGCGACCGGAUCCCAGAAGGGGUUUAUGAUUCCGCCGGGGCUGGCGUUCAUCAGCAUCAGCGCCCGUGGAUGGGAAGCGUACCAGGACGCCAAGAUGCCGCGAUUCUAUUUCGACCUGAUGGCUGCGGAGCGUUCGCUGCAACGGGGACAAACUCCCUGGACGCCCAACGUGGCGCUGCUUUACGGUUUGCGGCUGGGCCUCGACCGAAUUAUCAGCGAAGGGUUAGAGUCGGUGUACGGCCGCCACGCGAGCAUCGGCGAAUAUUGCCGGGCCGGGGUGAAGAAUCUGGGAUUGCAACUGCUGGCGACGGACGAAUCCCGCGCAUCGAAUACCGUUACGGCCAUCAAGAUGCCGGAUGAAAUCGACGGCGGCAAGUUUAUGGCGAUGAUGCGUGAGGACGAAGGCGUGGUGCUGGCCGGAGGCCAGGGCAAGCUGACCGGUCAUUGUUUCCGGAUUGGUCACCUGGGUUGGGUUACCAAAGAGGACAUUACGGAAGUGCUGGAGGCGCUGGAGCGGGUGCUGCCCAAGGUAGGGUUCAGUGGGUAG